UGUAUCCUUGUUAGAAAUUUCAAUUCAACUUUCCAUCACGAUAACAAAUAUAGUUUCAUAGUUUCUUCACCUUUGUUAGUAGUAAGUUUGGGAGGUGGAAAACUUGAAAUUUUGAUGAACACCGUGUAGUUGAUAUUAGAUAAUAUACAUUAGUGUUGACUUUAUCGCAUUAAUUCGGUCGAUUGUGGGUAUACACACUCGCCAAUAGCCCAGUUGAUAAUAUUAUUUAAUAACGAAAUAAUUUUGUGCGAUCGAGUAAUUUACCGUAUACUAUCUGAUUCUCUAUGUUCGUUAUUUUUUAUUUUUAAGCAUUGGUCACCGUUAUUAAUACAUUUGUUAAUCUGUAAAAAAAAUCAAUAGAUAUUUUAAAAGAAAUGUUUGUAAAAAUUACUUUCCCUUAUAUUUAUUUGUUUUUCAUACUGUUGGUGCCGAGUAUUGCCAUUGACUCUUCGCUUCUCAAAUGUCAGGUGUGUUGUCGUCUAGUCGAGGAAAUUCAACGAAAUGUUAGUUCUGUGGAUCUUUCCCGCGUUGUGCAAGUGGACAAUUUUCGUUUGGAUGUCAAUGGCGAUCAACAGAAACGUACUGUCCCAUUGGGUCGUUCACAAAUAUACUUAACCGAGGUAAUGGAAUCUGUGUGUGAAAAGAUGAAUGAUUAUGUACGUGCUACUUUCAAGAAUAAUGGUUCACUGACAGUUAUACCAUUAGUCUUGGAAGGCACAAUGAAUCCAUUGAUGAAUGAAGUAGAUGUUGUGCAAGAUUCAGACUUAAACAAAAGUUUACAGUACUAUUGUGAGGAAAUUGUCAGUGAUAUCGAAGAUGAUCUUAUAAGUAUAAUGAAGUCUGACGACGAUAAUGUUGUUCAUUCCAUUUGUACUGAAGUAUCACAAUUAUGCCCAAACAAAAAGAAUAAAGAAGAAUUGUAGUUCAAUACAUUUUCUAUAUUAAUAUGUUCUUAAAUGUUAUUAAAAUUUUAUAUUGUGAAUCA